GUGCAGAGCUCUCGCGGCUGUGGACUCGGGUUGCCGAGGCCGGUUCUCUAUCUGAGGCCGCCUCCCUCUCCCGGAAACACCGGGCGGGGGGAUCCCACACCCCGGGGCCGGCCGGGGGGAGGAGGCGGAGGCUGGGGCGGGGGCGGGGGCUGCUGCUGCUGCCCUGGGCGGGGCGGACACGGCUCCUGGCUGGGUGUGCGUGGGGAGUAGCCGAGCGUCCCGCGGCCGCCCCGGAGAUCCCGGAAGGAGCCGCCGCCGCCGCCGCCGCCUCUGCCAGCCCAGGAGGAGGAGGAAGAAGAGGAGGAGGUUCUGUUGCUGCUGCUCUGGCCCCCGCCGCCCGACCGUCGUGCAUGGAGCUGCGCGCCGCUGAACCUUGAGUCCCCCGAGCCUCCGCCGCCCCAGCUGGGACGAGCGUGGGGGGUGCCGAACUGGGCAGGCCGCCGCCACCGCCCGCCCGUUCUGCUCCUCGUCCAAUCCGCCUGCCGCCGCCACCGCCGCGGGGAAGGGGCCCGGCCCGGCCUGGCCCGUCCGGAGCGGCGGUGCAGCCAUGGCUCACUCGCCUGUGCAACCGGGCCUUCCCGGGAUGCAGAAUCUAAAAGCAGAUCCAGAAGAGCUUUUUACAAAGCUAGAAAAAAUUGGAAAAGGUUCCUUUGGUGAAGUAUUUAAAGGCAUUGACAAUCGGACUCAGAAAGUAGUAGCCAUAAAAAUCAUUGAUUUAGAAGAAGCAGAAGAUGAAAUAGAAGACAUUCAGCAAGAAAUCACAGUGCUGAGUCAGUGCGACAGUCCAUAUGUCACAAAAUAUUAUGGAUCUUAUCUCAAGGAUACCAAAUUGUGGAUAAUAAUGGAAUAUCUUGGUGGAGGCUCUGCACUAGAUCUGUUAGAACCUGGUGCUCUAGAUGAAACUCAGAUUGCUACUAUAUUAAGAGAAAUCCUGAAAGGACUCGAUUAUUUGCAUUCAGAAAAGAAAAUUCACCGAGAUAUCAAAGCUGCAAAUGUUCUGCUCUCUGAACAAGGGGAAGUGAAACUUGCUGAUUUUGGAGUAGCUGGGCAGCUGACAGAUACCCAAAUAAAAAGAAACACCUUUGUGGGCACCCCAUUUUGGAUGGCACCUGAAGUCAUUAAGCAAUCUGCCUAUGAUUCAAAGGCAGAUAUCUGGUCUCUGGGCAUAACAGCAAUAGAGCUGGCUAAAGGCGAACCUCCUCAUUCAGAGCUACACCCAAUGAAGGUGUUAUUCCUCAUUCCAAAGAACAAUCCACCAACGCUGGAAGGGAACUACAGCAAACCCCUCAAAGAGUUUGUGGAGGCCUGUCUAAACAAGGAACCAAGCUUUAGACCGACAGCAAAGGAGUUGUUGAAACACAAGUUUAUAUUAAGAAAUGCAAAGAAAACAUCUUACUUGACAGAACUGAUUGACAGGUACAAGAGAUGGAAGGCUGAACAGAGCCAAGAUGACUCUAGUUCAGAAGACUCAGAUGCAGAAACAGAUGGUCAGGCAUCAGGCGGCAGUGACUCAGGAGACUGGAUCUUUACAAUCAGAGAAAAAGAUCCCAAGAACCUGGAGAAUGGAGCAGUUCAGCCACAAGAACUGGAAAGAAAUAAGGUGAAAGAUAUCCCAAAGAGGCCUUUGUCUCAGUGUUUAUCUACAGUUAUUUCUCCCCUAUUUGCAGAGUUGAAAGAGAAAAGCCAGGCAAGUGGAGGCAACAUGGGAUCCAUAGAAGAACUGAGAGGUGCGAUUUAUUUGGCAGAAGAAGCCUGUCCUGGGAUCUCGGACACCAUGGUGUCUCAGCUUGUACAGAGGCUACAGAGAUAUUCACUGAGUGGUGGAGGACCUUCAUCCCACUGAAAUUUUUUUGGUAUUUGGGUUUUUGUUUUUCCUUUUCUUCUUUCUUUUUUCUUUUCAAUUAAAAAAAAAUCAACAAGACCCUGUGGUGACUCUCCUGAAGAGGUGUGUGACUGCAGGGAUCAUCUUCCAUGGCCAGAGGAGCGCUGUCCACAGAACAAACAUUCCUCAGUUUGCCACAGCAAGAUGAAGUCUCCCAGUUGGGGUGGUGUGUCAGCUCCUUAAAGCUAGUUUUAUUUUAUUAUUAUUGUUAUUAUUAUUAUUAUUGUUUUUAAUUUUAGCCAUAGUGCAUAUAUUCAAGGGAAGUAUCUUUUUUAAAAAAAACACACAAAAAUAAACCAACCCUGAAAUGUAUAUUUGGGAUUGUGAUAAGGCAACUAAAGAUAUUGUGAAACCUCAGGUAUCCUGCUUUAAGUUGAGAACUCCCACAGGAGAUGGAGAAUCGCUCUGUUGGAUCUGUGUACAGAUUUGUAUAUAGUGUCAUUUUUACUGAAACCCUUUCAGCGUGCGUAAGAAAUCACUGUGUACAAAAUGGCCAAGUGCUUCUGUAGAUAUUAGUGGAGUAAAUAUUUGACAGGCCAUAACUGAGUAUAUUGCCUUGCCUUUAUUACAUGUACAUUUUGAAUGAUGUGUCCAGUGAUUUGGGUUUCAUUUGGUAUUUGCAGGGUUUGCCAUUGAAUAAUAAUUAUGCUCUCCCAUGGGCAACUCCUGUUUGUACCUGAACAAAUGCAGAAUUUUCUUUCCUUUCUUUUUUAUCCCCAUAUCUCUUUUGGUACACACAGAGGUUGCUUUCAUUUUUCAAUGAUGGUACUAUUUCUCAGUGUUUUAAAUUGGAACACAGCUGGCCUCACAAAGCUUUAAAUUAUUUUAAAUUCUCCUCCUCUCCCCAGAAUAAAUAUCUCCAUUUCACUAUGGUUUUAAAAAUCGUACCACUGCCAAUUUUGCACCAGAUGUAUCAUCACUUUCAGCACUAUAUUCUUUUGAACCUCGUUAGUAAAACCUGAAUAUCAGCUUUCCUACCUAAACAUGUUCUGAAUGCUUACAUGAAUAAAUUUUAUAUUAUACCAGUUUUGAAAAAUUCCUUGCAAUGUGGCUUUUAAAGGAAAGUUGUUUCCUUCCACCAUUUCCUGUGUGUCUUGGGUAUGUGUAAGUGCUCAUGCACCGUCAAUUUGUAAAGGAAACCAUAUAGAAGACUACUAGAAGAAAUGGCCAAUUUUCAAACCCUGGAUUUUGCUCAGGCUCCUUUGCAUUUCUGUGAGGAGAUGCGGAUGCACCGUUGCUAGUGUUUUUGACAAAUAGUUGUGAGAUUGCUGUACCUAUUUCAAAAGGAGUCUUCUAAUGAUGUCCCAUUUCCUUUAAGGUCACAUGGGUGGUAUGGACAGUCUAUCAGUCAUUGUGUUUUUCCCAUGGCAUAUUGAGUUUUUACAGAGCCAGCUUUUCCAAGGAUACAAAAGAAACCCUUGGUUUCCUCAGAUAGGGAAGGGAGGGUCAUUGGAUUGCUUUAGGAUUUCAUGACAUUGUCUUAACAUAAGGUUGCGUGGACAUGUUGGCUCCCUUCUUUCUCAUAUAUUUAAAUGAAGUUUUAAAGGAUGGUAGCUGUCUCAUUGCCUGACCUCAUGUCAGAGCCAGAAAGGCAAGUAAUUGCUAGAAACUCUCAACUUUGUAUGAAAAUUUUAGGCAUGUGAGACACUUUUUUGGCUUAGGGUGCUGUGUAUAGUAGCAAAGAGGGGGAAAAAAGAUUCCCCAAUGGUUUUCAAGUGGAUGGGCAUCAUUUGAAUGGGAGGGGGAGUGUGCAGGGGGCACUAAUGAUUUUUUUUAACUCUCCCUUCAGUUAUAUUGUGAUAUUAGAAACAGACUUGAGCCAUGAAUUUGUGUGUGGGUUACAUUUUGGUUGCGGAAGAUAAAUAGAACUUAAUUUGUUAAGUCUAGUUGUGCAUCUCUGUCCAUGGCAUAUUGCAACAAAUAUUUCUUUUGACCAGCAAUAUUGGGCCUACUUCCAUCUUGUGUUGCUGAGUCUGUGUGGCCAGAAUUGGCUUCCGUUUGUCACAUCUACGCUGAAGUUCCGUUGAGUUCAUUUCAGAAGUAGGGGCCAUGAAAAGUAAUAGCGAGCCGUCUUUCUCUGGCAGCUAUGUGAUACUAGCAUUGUUUUAAAGAUGAAAUGAUGAGAAGGCAGCAGUUUAAACGAUUUAGAAACUAUUCGAACUUAGAAAUGCUUAAAAACCAUGUAUACUUUUCAGUGCUGGGGCCAAUCUUAGAUGAUAGUAGGUCAGGCUAAUUGUUCUGAUUUUUUGUUAUUAAUACUUAAAUAGUCUUUAAUCAGCUUAAAUUUGUAGAUCUGAGUUCUGUUCUUUGUAGAACUGCUUUCACAUUGGGGAACUGACUUUUUUAAAGUAGGGAGAGCUGAGGCUUUUGAUGGGUAGCAGUAUUUGCCUAAAUUCAGAAGAUUCUGAAUUAUAAAUGCAUCAUCAUGCACUUCUCUGCACUAUACUACCCUCUGUCCCACACUUCACCCCCCCUUCCCCCCAAAAAAGAAAAAGUCCUGUUAAUAGGAGAUUUGUAUUUAUACUUACAACCCUCAAUUCCAAAGCAGUAUGGGUGCUGCAGGUCUUCAAAUUAGACCUAUAUCAGACAAGACAUUCUUUGUGAGUCUAUAGACAUAAAGUGGAAAUUAGUUGCUCAGAAUAGAGCUUAGUGACAUAUAAGGAAAAUUAUCUUAUUAAAAAAAACAAUGGAAAGACAUUCACCAUUAGUUUUGUUUUUGUGUCGGGUGAAGUUUAUAGUUUGGGGGAGUUGUGGCUCAAUGUAGAAAGUGGACUUUAAGUUACUCAUUGUAUUUGGCUAAAGACAGUGACCAUACCCAGCCCUUCAGGAGUGGCAAGCCAAGGUCCCACUCAUCAUUCAGGGUUAAGCCCCCCAUAUCAUUUGGAAACCUUUCAACGUCUCUGAGAAUUGCACUAAUGGAGUGGGUUGGCUCUGCCUUUGUGAGGCCAGGCAAAGUAAUGAAACAGUUCUCCUCUCUUCCCAAUAGUGAUUCUUUUCCUCAAAUGUCCUUGAUUUGUACUUGUAAAGUAUCUGGUUUAGUUCUUGGUCUUUAUGUAGCAUUCUAUUUGUGUGGUUUAUUUUUUAAAUACGUGGUCAGUUUGUAAAUUUUUUAAUGUUUCCUUCCUCUAAAAGCAAAAACACAGAUGCUGUAUUUCUGUUACACAAAUGGCAAUAAGGGGAAAGAACCACAGGAAGUGUUCUUAAGCACAGGUACUGUAAAAUGUAAGGGUUAAUAAAGAUCACAGAAAUGAA